AUGAAUAGCCUAUUGGAUGUGGAGAGACACUUCACUACAAACUAUUACAAAGUGAUUUUUUUUUUUGAUUUUCUCCAACAAGAGGCUCAAUUGAAAGUUGUUCCAGGCCUUGAAAUGUUAAAUCAACAUAUGUCUAGAUGUUUGUAUUACAGUUCUUCAUCCAAGGGAUCAUACAGUCAAGUAAAGGAUCAAAUUCUGCUGUCAAAAGUCAACCCCAACAUGUCUGAGCACUUCCUGGUGGUUAACAAGCGAUUUGAGGCUUCAAUCCGCAUCUGA